GACUUCACGCGGGGGCCGCGUACCGCGAAGUGCAGAAGCUGAUGCACCACGAGUGGCUGGGCGCGGGCGCGGGCCACCCCGUGGGCCUGGCGCACCCCCAGUGGCUACCCACAGGAGGAGGCGGAGGCGGCGACUGGGCUGGCGGUCCGCACCUGGAGCACGGCAAGGCGGGCGGCGGCGGCAGUGGCAGAGACGACGGCGGCGGCGGUGGUGGUGGUUUCCACGCGCGCCUGGUGCACCAGGGGGCAGCCCACGCGGGUGCGGCGUGGGCUCAGGGAGGCACAGCGCACCACUUAGGCCCAGCCAUGUCGCCGUCGCCAGGGGCCGGCGGGGGCCACCAGCCCCAGCCACUCGGGCUGUACGCGCAGGCGGCCUAUCCCGGGGGCGGCGGCGGUGGCCUGGCAGGGAUGCUGGCGGCGGGCGGCGGCGGAGCGGGACCGGGCCUGCACCACGCGCUGCACGAGGACGGCCACGAGGCGCAGCUGGAGCCGUCGCCACCGCCGCACCUGGGCACACACGGACACGCACAUGGACACGCACACGCCGGCGGCCUGCAUGCGGCGGCGGUGCACCUGCACCCGGGUGCGGGAGGCGGCGGUUCGUCGGUGGGCGAGCACUCGGACGAGGACGCACCCAGCUCAGACGACCUGGAGCAGUUCGCCAAGCAAUUCAAACAGCGGCGCAUCAAGCUGGGCUUCACGCAGGCCGACGUGGGGUUGGCGCUGGGCACGCUGUAUGGUAACGUGUUCUCGCAGACCACUAUCUGCCGCUUCGAGGCCCUGCAGCUGAGCUUCAAGAACAUGUGCAAGCUCAAACCUCUGCUCAACAAGUGGCUAGAGGAGACCGACUCGUCCAGCGGCAGCCCCACCAACCUGGACAAGAUCGCGGCCCAGGGCCGGAAGCGCAAGAAGCGCACGUCCAUCGAGGUGGGGGUCAAAGGCGCGCUUGAGAGCCACUUUCUCAAGUGCCCCAAGCCCUCAGCGCACGAGAUCACAGGCCUGGCGGACAGCCUGCAACUGGAGAAAGAGGUGGUGCGCGUCUGGUUCUGCAACCGGCGGCAGAAGGAAAAGCGCAUGACCCCGGCAGCCGGUGCCGGCCACCCGCCCAUGGACGACGUUUACGCUCCCGGCGAGCUGGGACCGGGUGGGGGCGGCGCAUCGCCGCCCUCCGCGCCCCCGCCGCCCCCACCGGCCGCGCUGCACCACCACCACCAUCACACACUGCCCGGCUCGGUGCAGUGACCCCGCGGGCCGGGCCCCCGCCGGCGCGAGGCGCGGGCGCGCAGUCCUCCCGUGCGGCCUGGACUCUUUUUGUUCGGUUGCUUUGGAUUUUACAAAAAUGCCCAGAAACUUUCAAACAAAACCAAACACCCGGACGACCCUCUCUUGGCGAGCGGCGAAGCCUGCUGGUAAGCAGUGUCGCCUGAGACUUGGGAGAGAGAAGCGAAGAUCCGGAACGCGCCAAGUCACCUCGGGCAUCCUGCCCGGCGCCUGCUCCCUGUCCCCAUCCCCUCGACGAUUCCCGCCCCUGCCCCCCGGGCUGUUCGGGGCCGGAUCCCGGCAGCGGCCUCCCCACAGCGACAGGUAACGCGGUGCGGGGUUAGGGAUUCCUCGGGAGAGGAUGAAGUGAGGCGAGUUCCCCAUCCCCUCUCCCCGGCGCGGACUCUCCAGCCUGCCGGUAAAGGGCAGGGGGCUGUCACUUUCUGCGCUCCACACCUCUUCUCUCCCCUGAGGAUGCGCCCCACCCCUUUCCCCUUCAUCCGGGCUUGGUUUUUUACGGUUUUUAUUUAUUCGCGGAGCCUCUCGGUUCCGGGGGUCCUUCUAACUCCGCCCGCGCCCUUAAUUUAAAUCGCUGUAUACUGUAUUUAUCGGGGCCCCGGAGGGGAGGCCGCGAGAGCCGCGUCUGUGUAUAAAGCAGGAAAUAGCCAAAGCUUUAAUCUAGCCUAAUUUAUUUUC